GCUGCGGAGUAGCUCCGAAAUUAAUCAGCUGAGUUUGACCCUCCGGACCAGCAGAGGGCCUCGCAAUAUGGUUACCACAAUAUUUGCUGGUCUAUUUUAUGUAUGUCACAAAUGUCAAUUUACAAUUUAAAAUAUUUACACAUACAAUGAGCCUCAGUGAAAACAUGUUUAUUCUUAAUUCUUUGGUGCAAAAAAUUAAUUGAAAAUUGAUUUAUGCACUAUUCAGAUAUUUCACAACGAGAUAUUAAGAUACAUGAAAAAACCUUAUGAGCCUGAUGGCCAGGCCAUGAGAAAGGCUUACAGUAUUCAGUUAUACCGCAUGAACUGAUUAGUACAUUAAGGUAUCGCAAAACCUAUUGCAAGGUAAUGCAAAAGUUUUGUGAGGGAAGCCCAUCUCCCCUAGAGGGCUCCGUACUUCCAGGUUCUGUUAAUCUUUGAUGGCUUGGAUGAGAGUAGACUUCCGCUGGACUUCCACAAGGAGAUCCUGACUGUUGCUACAGAGUCCAGCUCAGUGGAUGUUCUGCUGACAAACCUCAUCAGGGGGAAACUGCUUCUUUCUGCUCUCUGGAUAACCACACAACCUGCAGCAGCCAAUCAGGUCCCUCCUGAGUAUGUUGGCAUGGUGACAGAGGUCAGAGGGUUCACUGACCCACGGAAGGAGGAGUACUUCAGGAAAAGAUUCAGAGAUGAGCAGCAGGCCAGCAGGAUCAUCUCCCACAUGAAGACAUCACGAAGCCWCCACAUCAUGUGCCACAUCCCAGUCUUCUGCUGGAUCACUGCUACAGUUCUGGAGGAUGUGUUGGAGACCAGACAGGGAGGAGAGCUGCCCAGAACCCUGACUGAGAUGUACAUUCACUUCCUGGUGGUUUAGACCAAAGUGAAGAAGGUCAAGUAUGAUGGAGGAGCUGAAAGCUUUUCUAGUGAUGAACUUUGAACAUGAACUGUCCAGUGUGAAAGAGGACCGUUCUGUUGAAGGGGGAACUUGUUUAGACACUCCAGGUUUUAUGUCCUUAGUCAUGUGACAGAUUCUCUGCCCUCUGAUUGGCCUGUGCUGCUGUGUGUGUGUUAACUGCAAAAGUGUUCGUCAGAGGCGUGAUAUGAAGUGAGGAGGAGUGAGUUCGUGGAGAGAUGAUGGAGAAUGUUUGCUCUGACUCACUCUCCCCCUAACCAACCACCUGUUGCUUUCUCUCCAGCACACACUCCCCUCAUUCUUCUCUCCCCAGAGCAAACACACUGAAAGAAAGGCUCUGUCUGUGUAUGUGUGUGUGUGUAUGUGUGUGUGUGCACGUGCGUUGUGGUAUGUGAGCCACACUAAUGCUGUCGGUAAUCCAGGCAUGUCCCUUCCUGUCUCUGCAGAGGCCGUGCGCUUCCCUGGAAUCUCUGGAAAAGUGAUCCGCUCCUUGUUUUCCUGCCUGACAGUCAACCGUGUGGGCACAGUGAUCCGGACCUCCGUCACCACGGCAACAAGACUGAAGGAAACAGAGAGCGGGAAGAAGAGGAGGAGGAAGAAGAACAGGACGGCCUCUCGCUUCAGCCAACAUGUUGGCGAUCCGAGGUGCGGGCGUCCUGCUGAUGCUGAGCUGCGUGUGCCUCAUGCUCUUAGCCCCGCCCCUCUGUGCAGGUGAAGGAAGCAACUGCAGCUGCAACGCUACCAAAAGCCGCUGUGAUGACUUUGGAGUCUGCAGGUGUGAUCCGGGCUGGGACGGCGAGCUGUGCCAGCGCUGCGUGACGAUGCCGGGCUGCGUGCACGGCUCCUGCCUGCAGCCGUGGCAGUGCGCGUGUCAGCCGGGCUGGGGCGGCCGAUUCUGCGACAAAGACCUCAGCGUGUGCUCCCAGCAGCCCUGCCUCAACGGCGCCACCUGUCUGAUGGAGGACAGCGGAGACUUCCGCUGCUUGUGUCCAGACGGUUUCUAUGGUCCGACCUGCCGGAAGAGGAAGGGGCCGUGUCUCCAGAGAAGGUCCCCGUGUAAAAAUGGCGGCCUGUGUGAGGACGCUGACGGCUUUGCGGCGGAGCUGGUGUGCCGCUGCCUCGCUGGAUUCACGGGGCGAAGCUGUGAGACAGACAUCGAUGACUGCUUGAUGGGGCCGUGUGCCAGAGGAGCUACCUGUGUGGAUGGAGUGAACCGGUUCUCCUGCCUCUGCCCGGUCGGGAUCUCGGGCCGGUUCUGCACGGUCAACAUGGAUGACUGCGCCAGCCAACCCUGCCAAAAUGGCGGCCGCUGCCUCGACCGCGCCGGAGGCUUCCGCUGCCUCUGCCAGCCGGGAUUCACCGGAACCACCUGUGAAACGCCGCCGAGCCCCGCCAACGCCAGCCCGCCGGUCUGGACCACGCGGGCCCGGGACACUGGUCACCAUGACAACAGGAAGGUAAAGGUGACGGUGAAGGAGCGCGGCGCCGGUGGACUGUCGGACCUGCAGCUCAUCGUUGUCUUGGUUCUGACGAGCGUGUCUGUAGGCGUGGUGGCGCUGACCGCCGCUCUGGUCCUGCACGCCCCCUGCCAACGCCGUGGCCACGCCCCCUGCCAACGCCGUGGCCACGCCCCCUGCUGGUUGUCCCCAUCGCCGCGCAGCAGGCGGGAGCCCAGCGACCAGCCGGAGCAUCGGAUCAGCUUCCUGAAUGCAGCAGAACCACAGAAAAAGAAACUCAACAUAGAGGUUGUUUGAAGAGGUCAGAGGUCACAGAUCCAUCUGCACUAUGACAUCAUAGGUUGAUCAGAUGGUUUGCAGCAUGGAACUAAACCUGACUGGAUCAGAACUCGCUCUCAGGAAGGCGUUACCAUGACGACCGUUCUUCAACAGGAACUUUUCUCUGAAUGGAUCCGGAUCGGGUCGGGGUGGUGAACUGAGUCAGGUGGAAGUUCUGGUUCCUAGAACUGAGUUUGGACCGACUCCCCCUAUGUUUUUACUCUGAGACCGGAACCGGCUGCAAACCAAACUGUUAUGUAAAUAAUGUAAGAUAUUCUAUUUAUUGCUUCUUGUACAGAUUUUAUUUGACCCGACUGACCCCGGUGGCCCAGCAGGGGGCGCCGAUCGUCAAGCAUCAACAGCAGUAGUCUGAGUUCAAUGUUUUUUAUUCACUUAUAAAUGUCACCAUUUCAAACUAAAUAGUUACAAAGCCAAAUAUCGUUAGUUUACAAAACUUGCUAACUAAACCUUUAAACUUUAGAAGUGAAAUGACAACAUGGUGAAAAUACAACUGAAGAAUGAGCUCGUUUUCCUCUGACCGGCUGAAUGACGGCGGUCCAGCAGUCAUCAGAACUUUGUUCUGAACGAAACCAGAACCGAUUCAGGCUGCCUUCAAUAAAUCUGUUUCACUCUGUUCUGGUUCUGGACCUGCUGAGCAGAAAUGACCAAUCAGAGCCGUCCUUA